AUGCCCUCGGGGGCCCUGGAGUCGGCGGCGCGCUUUCUUAGGUUGAUGGCGCUGGCCCUGUCCGUGCAGGUCUCGGGCGAGAAGUCACCACCGCACCUUCGCAGGCUGCCGAAGCGGGUUCGGGCCGAGAGCCCCCAGAAGGCGCAGCUGGUCGAGCCGCGGCCAGCCGCCGCGGCAUUGGCUGGGCCUGGAGGCGACGGCGCUUGCGCCCCCGCCAGCGGCAGCCACCCUCGCUUGGAGACCGCGUCGCCGCAGCCCACGCGGCGGCUUCGGCGGCCGCUGUCGCCGGCCGCGUCGCCGGAGCAGCGGCCCAGGGCCCUGGGGCCCCUCCCCUGGGGCGGCCCCGCCGGGGCGCCAGACCCCGCCGCCUCCCCCGAGCGGCGCGCGGCAGGCUCCAGCUACAGGGCCGACGUGGCGCCCUCCCCGUACACGCCGCCCGCGCAGGUGGUACGCCGGGCGCCCACGCCGGCCACCCCGUGCCGCGGGCGCGCGCAGCAGCGGCUGGAGCGCUGGGAGUGGGAGGCGAUGCAGCACGGCGGCUCCUCGGAGUGGGGCGAGGAGCUCGAGGACAUGGACACGGACCUGUGA